CUGAUGUCGACUACAGGUUACUAUUUUUCUCUUUUGCUACUCAUGUGUUAACGCUAAAUACAAGAAAUGGCAACGCAAAAAUAAUAAUAAUAAUAAUAAAUAAUGCUACCCUGCAUAUAGUCAUCCCCACUAGAAGUCGGUCUGCAGCGCCGCUCAUUCAUCGUUCUUCUCUCUUGCGGGGCGACUUCGCACUCCAUUCUCUCCUCUUUCUCUUUCCCUCUUCUUCUCCCUCAUUUCCUUCUUUUGACCAGCCUUUCCCUCUUCUUCAACCUCAUUUUACAUGACCCAAAGUCUUCUACCUCCCUUCUCGUGCAUAUUCUGCUACUACUUCGCGCAGAGGGGCUCUUGUCGACCAUGCUCGCAACCUCCAUGACCCCGCAACAGCCUUCCACCAACAUGGCCUGCAGUUUGGCCCCAACGACUAACAACCGGCCGACCAUCACUUCCCGACCGAAACUCACCCUUCAGACAUCAUCCCUGCCUUUGACCUUUGGCACUUCCUCCACGGGCCUGUCCCUCUCGCUGGUGGCCGGCUCGACUGCGUCGCCCACCGUCCGCAACACGUUCAAGAAUGCCUACGAUGUGACUGCGCCCGUCUCGGCCACUUCCUCCCCCUCUUCGAAAUAUCCUAGUCAUCGGUUCAGCAAGCCUUCCUCGCCUUACACCACUCACAACCCAUAUCAACUACCUAUGGGAGUGCGCAGCAUCCUGCGCAACUCGCCGCUAGAGCCAAGCUGCCGUCGCAGAUCCACCCCUGCGGCUACCAACGGGUCGAACGGCGCUCCAGCCACGCGCCGGGUGUUCUUUCCGGCCAAAAAGCAAGUCAGCUACCGCUAUCCGCUCGAAGAGGAAAUUCAGAACGUUCAUUACACUGCGCGCCACUCAGAUCUUCAUGAAAUGAACGAAGAGCACCCGAAACAAAGCACAUCGAGCGAGGAGUCCGAUUCCGCCUCAAGCAACUCAUCAUCAUCAUCAUCCGACACAAACUCCUCCGAUGAGGAGCCCCAGACCAGGUCCAAGCAAGACCUACUGUCGCCUGUGGAACGAAAGAAGAGAAAGCAUCAAAAAGCCGAGCGGCAGGUCCGCGCGGUCGCAUUGCGAGAGAAACUGGAGGACAUGACACCGCAGACGCCGGUCCGCAAACGUGCCAAGCGGCGUUGCGAAUGGCGCUGGACCUUGGGCCCGUUGCAGAACCGGGACGGUCUAUUACCUCCGGUCCAGGAAGAGCGGACAACAUCAUCGGGAUCUGACUCAAGUUCCUCCGACCGUGAAUCCCAAACGUCCUCCGCGGGUUCAUCCCCACUGCUCAGUGCCACCCCCUCGCACGCCCAAUCCAGUCCCAGCUCGUCUGUCGCAUUUGAGCUGGAAACGAACGAGUCCAUGAAGAACACGACGCACGAAACGCAACGCCCGAAUCCCGAAUUCUCACGAUAACCCCAUGGUGAUGAACCACGACUACUACCUUGAUGACUUGCGCUUUCAUUCACGACUCAUGCAUAUAGACGGCAGACGAACCUAUUCAUCUCAUUUGCAUCAGGCCUCUCCAAACAGAGGCUAUUUUUUUUUUCUUAUUCAACCAUGGAAGAUGGAGAUCAUUGUCUCACCUUGGAUUGUCUGAGACAUUCCAGGCGUAGCGGCGAUGAUGUCAUCCUCAGACCGCCAUCUUUUAUGACUUUCUAUAUAUAUAAUUUUCUAUCUAUUUCUAAUACAUACGAGCAUCCACACAUCCACACAUGCAUGCAUGCCAUG